CGCAAGUCUAAAGUUUUGUUGUUUUUUUUUUAACAAGCCUGUCUUUUCGGCUGUUAAUUAUAGAUUUUCGUCUAGACGGACUAUCGUAAUGUGGCCAAGCUUUGGUCGUUGGUAUGGGCACUCACAGAGAUUCAUCAGAUUAUACAGCAACAUGCAGCAGGUAAAGGUGCCAGUGAAACAAGGCGUUGUUGUUGGACAGCUGAAUCAGUUGCCAAGUGGCCUGCAAUACGAGAGCUUCCUUGGAGUACCCUAUGCACAGCCGCCAGUGGGAGAACUCAGAUUUCGGAGUCCCGUGCCACUGGAACGUUUUUCAGAUCACGAGCUAGACUGCAGCAAGGAACGAGAUGUGGCUCAUCAGCGUGAUCCGAUAACUCAACAAGUGGUUGGCUCUGAAAAUUGUCUCUUUCUCAACAUAUAUGCGCCAAAGGUCAAGAAUAAGAAUCCGCUGCCGGUCAUGGUCUGGAUUCAUGGAGGCGGUUUCUGUUUUGGCAAUGGCAACAGUGACUAUCAUUUUCCAGCGCAGCUCAUGCAGGAAGAGGUGAUUGUGGUAACCCUGAAUUAUCGUUUGGGGGCCCUUGGAUUUCUCAGCUUGCCAGGAGCGGGCAUUUAUGGCAACGCGGGUCUGAAGGAUCAGCGUCUGGCGCUGCAAUGGAUACAGGAUAAUAUAGUUAAUUUCAAUGGUGACCCCCAAAAUGUAACACUUUUUGGAGAAAGUGCCGGUGCCUCUUCAAUUCACCUGCACAUCUAUGCAGCCCAUGCCAAUGAACUGUUCCACAAGGCGAUUAUGCAAAGUGGAACUGCCAACAUGGAGUGGGUGAUGCAGCAGAAGGGAGCGCAUAAAGCACGUCGAUUGGGUGAACUUCUGAAGGGACAGAACAUGGAGCAGGACAGCGCUGUACUGGAAUUCCUGCAGUCAAGGAAUGUGACACCAAAUGGAAUACUUGCCAACACUUUAAAAGUGUUAACGCCGGAUGAGCGACGUCGAGAGAUGCCUUUCGUAUUUAAGCCUGUUGUGGAGAAUGCGGACAGUCCGGAUAGUUUUGUUAGUUCUCAAAUUCUUGAUUUGUUGCUUGAUAAGCAGCGGCUGCAAGGAAUGCCUGUGAUAAUGGGUUAUAACUCAGCCGAGGGACUUGCCAUGAUUGUAAAUGCUAGACGUAAACUGGAUUUAUAUGAAAAAGAUCUCGCACGCUUGGUGCCUCGUAAUCUGAUCGAGAAAUCUCAAGCGCCAGAAGCACAAGAAGCGGCCAAUAAUAUGCGUCAAUUCUAUUUUAACGGACAACCGCUGUCAUUGGAAAGUCUCGAUAAUCUGGUGGAUCUAUUCACCGAUUACCAUUUUAUUAUCGAUAUGCAACUUGCAGCAGAGAUUCAUGUUAACUGCCAAAUAACAUCGCCCCUCUAUUUCUAUCGCUUUGAUUACUUGGGCGGCCGAAACAUGUUUAAGAAGCUCUUCCAGGCAGAGAACCUGCGUGGAACGGCACACGCAGAGGAACUAUUUUACUUGUUCCAAAUGGCUGGAGAAGAGACGCCACAAAACAAAGAGGACACUCAACUAUCUAAAAGCAUAUGUAGAAUGUGGGCCAACUUUGCAAAAUAUGGAAAACCUUCGGAUAGCUGGAUGCCAGUAACAAGACCGAAGAGCAAUAACAAAGGCGAAUCAGAGCCCUUCCAUUUGGAUUAUAUGCUCAUUGAUCGGGAAUGCAGGAUGCAGCGAAAUCCAGAUGCUGAGCGAAUGGAUUUCUGGCGAAGCAUGUACAAGAGAUAUAAAGCUGAUUGCUACGAGGCGUUAAGGGCAAAACUGUAAUACACUAGAAAAACAAAAAUCUAAAUAGUGAUAUUUCUUUUUCCACCAACAUCGAUUCCUUAGACUGGUAUUUUAAUAUACCAACAACAUUCUUUAAUUCCUUUUAUAUAAAAUUGCAAUUAUAUAUGUUCCUAUUUAUUAAUUUAAUUCAAAAUAUUCAUGAACAAAAUAAAAUGUGUGCUGCGUUUAUUGCGAGCUAUUUUCAAAUGAGUAAAGUUAGUAAGCAGUAGACAACAGUGCUGCAGAUCAAUGCUAAUGCAUGCAUAACAUUGUGCUAAAACUUACAUAAAUUAUAAUGUAACAUUUUUAUAGCACAUUAACAGAGUUCGUAUCUCGCUAACAUUUACAUAAAUUAUUAUUUAACAUUUUUACAGCAAUCUAACUAAUGUUAAUUUUAUUU